CUUGUAAACUUCAGCGCUCCGGUCUAUUAUCUAUAAACGUUUUCUGCAAGACUAAACUAGUGUCGGGAGUGCUAAAGUGUGCAUAAACCGACACAAAAAAGCACCUGGCUGAUAAGGGGCACAAGGUGACAUCUGGAAUAACUGAUCGAUUGAAAGAUGUUGAGGAGGAAACCAACCCGCUUGGAGCUGAAGAUCGAUGACACAGAGGAGUUUGAGAGCAUCAAGAAGGAGCUUGAGGCCAGGAAGCGUCAGCGAGAGGAGUCUGAAUCAGGAGCGGGUGGGAGCUCUAUCCUCAGUUCUGACAUGAUUGGGGCCGGAGCAUCAAUGUGCUCUUCCACACCGCUAACCAGGGCAGAGAUUAUCAAUGAGCGUAUUGGGUACAAGCCCCACCCCGCACCCCAAACACUGCCAACCCUGUUUGGAAAUUUGUAAUUUUAAUAAAGUUUUGUUUUUUUUUA